UUUUAACAAAGGGUGUGAGGAAAUUGAAAUUCAGAAAUUCCGUCGCAGUGUGCAGUAAUAAUUAUUAAAAGAUCCUAGUUAAAAUUAUAAAGUAUUAUUUAAUGUUGAUAUUUCAAUUAACUUAAUUAAUAAUCAUGUUAAACUAUCGAGAAACUGAAACAAAUUGGAAAUUUGUAAAAGAACUUGGUUCCGGUGCAUUUGGCGAAGUGUCGCUAUGGGAAAAUACGGAAACUGGAAUUUCAGUCGCGAUUAAAAGAUGCUCAGUCGAUUUGGAUAAACUGGCCUUGGAUGAACGAACUAAACUGACAACAAGAUGGCAACAAGAAUCCGACUGGAUGAAGGAUAUCAAUACCGAAAACAUCGUGCGAGCAUGCCCUGAAUUGUGUGCAAAUUUAGUUGCCGAACAAAAUAAAAGAAUAAAAUUGCCAGUUAUUGCAAUGGAGUACUGUGAUGGUGGCAAUUUGCGUUCAAAAUUACAUGAAAUCGAGAAUGUCAAUGGAUUUAGCGAAAAUGAUGUGAGACAAGUUUUACGCGCGUUACGAAAUGCUGUAUUUCAUCUACAUGAUCGAUAUAAAAUAACUCAUCGUGAUAUUAAACCUGAUAAUAUUGUUAUAAAAUAUAAUUCAGACGGACAACCAAUUUAUAAGCUGACAGACAUGGGAUAUGCUCGAAUUCUUGACAAGGAAACUAUAAUUGGAGGGAGUAUGGUUGGCUCCAGAAAUUACUUUGCUCCAGAAAUUGUAGAGUCGGCAGAAUACAAAAAUAGUGUAGACUAUUGGUCAAUGGGAAUUGUUGCUUUUGAAAUUAUAUGUGGCGUAUAUCCUUUCCUGCAAGAUGGGUCAAUGUUUGAUGUCCUAAUGAGUAUAAAACACAAACCUCCCGGUUGUAUAGCUAUAACCAAAUCUAGCGAUGAAAAACUCUGCCAUCACACUCAACUAUUUUGUGAAAAUAGAUUAAGUAAAGUAUUCUGUAGGUCGAUUGAGCCAUGGCUGCAACUUGCCUUAGAAGCUGAUGGCCGAAAACGUGGCUAUGAAGCACUUGAUGAGGUACAAAGCACAAAACCAAUGUUCACAUUUUACACAAAGCUGGACGAUGCACUAAAUGUUAAAGUUCUAACCGUUUUUUGGUUAAAUCGAUGCAAGUUCUUAAGCUAUGCUGUCUACCAAAAUACAACAAUGCAAGAUUUUUGUAUUUCUAUGGAGAGGGAUACCGGGAUAUUGCGAAAUAAAUUUUAUUUUGUUCUUCCUGCAGGACAUUCGCUUGAUCAUUUUACACCACAAACUCAACCAUUUCAGUUGUACGAAGAAAAAUUCUUCAUAGAAAACAAAUCUAUGUUGUAUUUAGUUGAUUUUGAGACUGAUGGUUUAUGUAAUCCCGAAGAUCCGUUUAUAUCGGAACCGAUUCGUCAAACAUUUGGUUUAAAUCAAAAAAUUAACCCUAGAAUUAUGAAGCAAUGCUUAUUGAAUGCAUUGUUUUUGCAAUAUCACGAAUUGAGAAGAGUUGGCGAGUGUGCAAAUGGAAUUCAUGAAUUUUUAAUGAAUUUGGAAUCUGAAAUUAUGAAACAGGAACAUGGAGUGAAUUGUUUUCAGGAGAAAAUUAUACAUUUAAAUGGACAAGCGGCUCACUUUCAAAAUAUGGUAGUUUCGGGAAAUCUUUUGCUGCAGGAAAAACAGAUCACCAAUUAUGACAACGAAUGGGAAAUGAUUGCACAAAGCUUAAAAAACCUUAAUGCUGAUUAUUCAAAAGUCCAUCUCCGUCUUAAAUCUAUAUUAAAUAGAACUCGUGAUUUCCUGAACAAAUCACCUUUAACAACAUACCAACAAGAUGUUGAACUUCAUGUGAAACAAUUUCAAAAUGUAUUCGAAGAAAUUCGCAAUAAAACUCGUUUAAUCAGUCCAGAAGAAGUUCGAUCGUAUGUCUCAAAUUUUCUAAAAGUUCGUAAAGACUUUUAUGAUAAUACAAACAAAUACUUGAGAAAAACUGUGGCUGGCAAAAGUAAACCUACUGAAUUAAUUAUGGAAAUUUAUGUGGAAUUUCAAACAAUAUUGAAAAUUGUAUUUGAAAAUCAAUCUUUAUGGAAGGAUUAUGAAAUUAAGAUUAGCGAAAAAACUAAAGAGUUUCUAUUGCAAUUCGGUGAAAAGUUUUACAUGCAAGGAAAAAAUAAUCAAACUGCUAUUGAUAAUGUAAUAGAAAAUAUGGAAACACUUGAUAUAGAUAGUGGAGAUCUUUCAACAAGCUGGAACGGAAAUAAUGAUGACAGUGUUUUAGAAUUACCAACUGAUAAUUUGAUCAAAGAUACAAAGUUACUACAACAAGCAUUAAAUUCCCUUUGGGGUGCACAAAUCAACCAUCAACAAAGCUCUUCUUCUGGCCACUCAUAAAAAAUCAUAAUGUGUGCCCUCAUUGUAUAUAUCAAAAAUAUAUUUUUCAUGCAAAAAAACAAAAAAAAACUCUAAAAUAAGUUUAUUAUUAGUCAUCGGGCUUUGUUUACAAAACUGCAAUUAAGUAAUAUUGAAUUACCGGACACCUGUUGGCUGUGCUAUGAUCUCAAUUUUUAUUUUAUGUUUUCCUCCUAAUCAGCAAUAAUAUUUAAAUGGUCAAAAGUUUUCUUCGAAACAUUAUGUCACUGUCUACUGCACAGUCUUAAGACAUUCAAUGAACACAAUGUCUGCUCAACAACUUAAACCAUACAUAUUAAGCAUAUUACUAUGCUGCCUUUUCGGUGGGAAUUUUGCUGCUUUAUUGCCUGCAAAUUUUCGCAUUUGUCGACGAUCUGAUCCCAAUCUUAAUGGAUGUAUAAAAAAUUGUGUUGAAGAUUUGCGAGAUAGAAUGCCCGUUGGUAUUCCACAGCUUCAUAUACCCCCACUAGAACCGUUG